CUGCCCGCAAAACCUUGUAGGUGCGGACCCGCACGGUCGGAGAUACAUGGCUCCCUACCACUACCAUUAAUUAGGUGGAAUCCAUCCCAAACAUCCAAUCGCGGUCUACGUCAGGAGGAGCCCUCCGCGCUUCGGCUUCUAUCACUGAGACAGUUUCCGUGAACCCUGACUUUAGUUCCAUGUUCAGCUAUUACCAUCGAAUUCUGGCUAGGUUGGAUGCAAUGGAUGGCAGUUGAUUGUCAGGUUUCAAGCUUGUAGACCGGGUCAAGGGUUUCGGCAACCACGACGACCUGACUUGACAAUAACCAACCCUUUAGCCCCUUGCGCCGGGGCGGCUCCUCCCUUCACUAUCGCAUCGCAAUGGCAACCACUCGCUACAACUCCAACGACUUCCGUCGCCAGCUCGGCUCUCCGAGACCAAAAGGCCGUGCGGAUACGAAAGACACUCUGUGUCGGAACAUACUUAUAUAUGGCCACUGUCGAUACGAAGAUGCUGGCUGUGCUUUCAACCAUGACCAAACCAAGAAGUCUCCAAAACCUGAUACAACAACACGCAAGACUCUCAAUGUAGAUUCUGCGCCCUUCACUCCGGCAGUGUCAUCACAGCCAUCCAAGAAAACAUUCUCUUCAUCUCAUGCAGCCAGUGCUGCUGUCUUUACGCCAAGAGCAACAGCUGCAACGCCCACUGGGACUCCCACCGCUCAGGAAACCGACAUACCGCCUGCAGCAAACACUCCCAGCGCUUUUAGCAAUAUUGCUGCGAUCAGAGAGUUCACUCCACAGCAACAAAACUACGACCUCACCACUAAUGGUGCUGCUGCGGCCACUCAGGAUGCCUCUCUCAACUAUGACCCUUUCACAAUGAACAGCGUGGCCAGCGCCCUACCCGCCGCUCAGUAUAACCCUUAUGCUUCCACCGAUCACACUGGCUUGGUAGCCCAUGGUGGUGCUUACUUCCCCAGCGCCCAAGCCGGUUAUCAAUCGUUGAUACCUCCAUCUUUUCACCUAUACGCUCCAAUUGGCCCCUACAGAGAAGACCUACAGCCAUGGCAGCGCUCAACUUAUGACUUCUUUAUGCCCGAGAACCUGAGACUGGAGUUGCAGAACAAAUCCCAUGCUGCGCUUCAGACUAUGACCGGGACCGCUGCUUUGCAGAUGCCCCAGGUGGGCAACUACCAUACACUGGUCACUUUAGACAAGACUAGCAACAGGAAAUCAUCCAGUCUAUUCGGCUACGUGACAUGGGUCUACAAGGCCGUCUCGGGCAAGACCAGUAGACUCUAUUCCCUGAGGCGCCUGGAGGGUUUCACCGUGUCCAAUGAUCAAAUCCUCAGACCGGUCAAGGAGUGGAAAAAGAUAACGAACGGCAACAUCGUAGCUAUGCAAGAUGCCUUUACCACGAGAGCUUGGGGAGACAGCUCAUUGAUGUUCUCGUUCGAGUAUUUCCCUCUGGCAGAAACUCUGAUGGAGCACCAUUUCCCCAACGCCCAGCACAAGACCUCAUUUCGCAGCAACACCAACCACCAGGCGAGCGAGACGGUUCUCUGGAGCUACAUAGUUCAGAUAUCCAACGCGCUGAACUCGAUACACAGCAACGGACUGGCUGCCAGAUGCAUUGACGCCACCAAGAUCAUCAUCACAGGCAAGAAUCACAUUCGCCUGAGCUCCUGCGGCAUUCUCGAUGUCAUCAACUACGAAAAGUCAAAGCCGAUGGCGGAGCUUCAGGAGGAAGACUUCGUCGCAUUCGGGAAGUUGAUCGUAUCACUGGCGACCAACACCCCACCGACGGGCCUCAACCUUGGUAAGGCGAUAGAGCAGAUGGGCAGGAAUCACUCCAGCACGCUGAAGGAUAUGGUCCUUUGGCUGCUCAACCCACCUCAGGCUCCGGGGCAGAAGACUGUCAAGAAUCUCGUCGCAGGGAUUAAUGAGCAUGUCAUGACCGCGUUCGACGCGCAACAGCGGCAGUCUGAUAUGCUGUACUCGGAGCUAUAUCGUGAGGUGGAGAACGGGCGAGUGCUUCGGCUGCUGAUGAAGUUGGCAACCAUCAAUGAGCGCACCGAGUAUGACAAGGACGCAGGGUGGUCCGAGAAUGGUGACCGGUAUAUGCUCAAGCUGUUUCGGGACUACGUCUUCCACCAAGUGGAUGCCCAGGGCAGGCCCGUGCUUGACCCGGGUCAUAUGCUUCGCUGUCUAUCAAAAUUGGACGUCGGGACCGAGGAGCGCAUCAAGCUGACGUCUCGCGAUUGCGAGACGGACUUCCUGGUGACAUAUAAGGAUCUUAAAGGCGCUGUGCAGAGCGCUUUCGGCGAAUUGCUCAAGGGCAGCGGCAACGGUCGUGGCGGGCCAGUGGCGAGUGGUAGUGGCCACGGCGUCCAUCACCCUUCCCACCGUGAUCGAUUCUAAAAGAGGCGGGCCUGAUACGCGAGCGAAACGAGAAGUGGAGGAAAUAAGAACAGCAAUCAGUCAGCCGUGAGGACAUAUCAACCAGCCCUUAUGGUGUUUGACAGUGCUUUGGGAAAUUCUACUCCUACGACCCCAAUAACGAUAUUACGGUCCUGAUUAAGCUCUAUUCAUCACAACAAGACGAUAUAUACGUAUAAUGGGCUAUCAAUCAGCGUUCGAGUCCUCUUGUUAUCGACUUGCAGCUGGAAAAGAACAGCCCAGGUACGAAUGCUGUUGGCUUAACGUGUGAUCAAACAAUCUGGUGUCCAUUUUUGUCUCAUUGAUCAAAUUCCUCUUAUCAAAUCAACGUUAUAUAUUCAUUCCCCAGUCUCGACCACCUGAUGUUAUAUACACACAACGAGGUUCUUCUCAUAUUGUUUGUUAUUGGGCUCUGCAAUGGGAUCCAAAAGGUGGAGGAACUACAAGGUUUGUCGAGGUAGGAUAGACGGAGGCUAAGCAACAAACUUUGAAUAAGAAACAACUAUCAG